UGUUUCUUGAAUAAUUACUAUUUUUGAACAUGGGGGUUAUUUGUAACGUUGGCACCCGUGAUUUUGUACCAUCUCACUCUGGCAAAUGUGUUUACGUAUUUCCCUCUUUGUCUAUUAAGGGUGAAGUGCAUUCGGUCGCCAUCAACGGAUGACUGGAUGGGUUAUUGUUUAAAUAAUUUCCAAAUAGUUAUAAACAAUGUCGAGCACCUCGCAGAAGCAUCGCAAUUUUGUGGCGGAGCCCAUGGACGAAAAGCCAGUAACCGAUUUGGCCGGUAUUGGUGAAGUGUUAGGCAAGAGGUUAAUUUCUUCCGGUUUCGAUAAGGCCUACGUCGUCUUGGGGCAGUUUCUGUUAUUAAAAAAGAAUCGAGAACUUUUUCAAGAGUGGUUGAAAGAUACGUGUCAAGCGAAUUCGAAACAAAGCGCCGAUUGUUAUCAAUGUCUUCACGACUGGUGUGAGGAAUUUUUAUAAACUGUUUAUAUAUACAUAGAAUUAUCGAAGAAUUUUUGUAAACUGUAUAGUAGAUAGAUUUUAAAGUAGACUACGAUCUAUUUUCAAUUUCAUAUUUUCCAUAAAAGGAUUUAUUUAUAAAUAAAAUUACUACGGAGAU